CUUCACUGCGCUUGCGCGCGCGACAGUCUGCGUGGUCCCGAUGGCGUUGCGGUGGUUGUGAGGGCGCUGCCGGAGCAACCGGGAUGAGCGCGGCGGAGGCCGACCGCUGGGCGUGGCUGCUGGUGCUAAGCUUCGUGUUUGGGUGCAAUGUCCUUAGGAUCCUCCUCCCGUCCUUCUCCUCCUUCAUGUCCAGGGUGCUGCAGAAGGACGCAGAGCAGGAAUCGCAGAUGAGAGCGGAGAUUCAGGACAUGAAGCAAGAGCUCGCCACGGUCAACAUGAUGGAUGAGUUUGCCAGAUACGCCAGACUGGAGAGGAAGAUCAACAAGAUGACGGACAAGCUGAAGACACAUGUGAAAGCACGGACAGCUCAAUUAGCCAAAAUAAAAUGGGUUAUAAGUGUUGCUUUCUACAUAUUGCAAGCAGCUCUGAUGAUCUCGCUCAUUUGGAAUUAUUAUUCUGUCCCAGUGGCUGUGGUGCCAAGUAAAUGGAUAACCCCACUGGACCGCCUGGUGGCCUUUCCUACCAGAGUAGCAGGUGGUGUCGGAAUUACCUGCUGGAUUCUUGUCUGUAACAAAGUUGUGGCAAUUGUGCUUCAUCCUUUCAGCUGAGAAGGGAGAUGAUUUAUAGCCGUGAGACUUUUAAAAGUGAAUUUUCUCUUAAUGGACCUUCUCUUAUUGACUUACACUGCUUUGUUGUGUGUGUAUUUUCUUUUUAAGAAACAAAAGUUCACAGCUUAGUGUUUUUGUUGUUGUCAAAUACGUUUUCUCUUGGACUUUAUGUGACUUUCUUAUAAGAAUCACAACUUUCUACACUUAUCAUAGAGCCAGGAAGUCCAGUUUAUGACAUAUGUCCACCAACAGUGUGAACAUUACAAGCACCUCUGUUACACACUUAUGUUUGGACUCUCAGCAUAUUUUGGUAGUAUUGCUGACUGGAAACUCAAAAUUUUUUAACCACUUAUGUACCUUAAAGAUAAAGUACUAGUUUUAAUCCAGUUGAGAAAGUAACUUAAUUUUAAUACCACUACUAAAAUUUGAAAAUUUGCUUUUUAAUCUCAUGCCAUACAACUGAAAGAAUAACACUAAUUGACAUGGUUUGUACUUUCUUCCUCUGUUUAAAAUGUCAUUUGUUGGAUAAGUGUUUGUAUAGUUUUAUCUACUUAUGUGAAGCUGUUAAUUUUUCAUUACAGCAUUUUAUAAAUGUAUUCAUGAGACCAUAAUGUAUGGUUUUGUGUUUAAAUUGUUUGAUUUUAAAGCAUUUCAAAUGAAGUAUAUUUUAUAAGCAUUUCAUAUUUAUGCUCUGUAGAAUGGAAUGGUUAAGAAACAAACUAGGAAGCCUGAUUAAUCUGAACUAAUAUAUUAGUCCAUGAAUAUACUCCAGCUAAAUAUUUUUCAAAAUACUUUUUUCUAAGUAAAAUCUUCACAAAUGCUGUGUAACUUCCUUGUUUACAGACACUUGUUUGCUAUGAGCAGUCUAACAGACAAGUGGCAUAGAGGCUUUGGCAGUUAAUUGUGUGGGUGACCAUAGCACAGCUAAAUUCUACCACUGGUUUUUGAAAAAUGGUAUUUGUGUUCUUGUGUUCCCUAAGGAUCUAAUAAGUAAGUAGCUCAGUAUUAUUUCAGCUAAUUGUACUGUGAAAAAACAAAGUGCUGUAGUCCUUGAGUUUAUUGUCAUACUGAAGACUACCAGAUUGGUCAUAUUCAAACUCAUAAGAUGCUGCAGGCUCACCUAGUACCUAGGUUUACUUUAAUGAAGAAUGCAGAACUGGGAACAGGGCAGUGUUUAGAUGGCAUCAUAGAGGACCUGGGCACCGGCUUCCAGUGUCUCAUCAUCACACUCAGUGUAUCCUGGACACAAAAGAUGAGAAGCUAGUCCACAGGGAGGUUGGUCUGUCCCUUAGAUGAAAUGUCACACUUGGAGAGCAUACACCUAACUCUUAUUUAGUGAGCUGCUGGCAUAAACAGUGAGUUGAACAACAAGCAAAUGAGCAGCCAGGAACAGCAUGUCUAAAGUCAUUGUCAGAGCAGAAAUCAGUACAAAGUCUCACAGACAAGACUGUCAUCUCCCAGGA